CCAAAAGCAUUUUCGCGCUCCACAAAUAUUACCCGAAUUUGGCAUCUAUAUCACACUGAUUUGCAAAUAUGGAUGGUGGGUUAUUUCAGCCAUCACCUCCCGAUCCUAAAUUGAUAGAGGAUGUGGUGAAUCGUCUGAAAUCUCAAGGUGUUUUUGACAACUUAAGGAAGGAGUGUCUGGCUGAUGUUGACACAAAGCCUGCUUACCAGAACUUGACACAGAGAGUGGAGAGCUAUGUGGCGAAGUUUCUUGAGGAACAGAAAUGGAGCCCUGACCUGAACAAGAAUCAACUCCGAGAUGGGUUGAGAAAACAGAUCAACCAGUCUGGCAUGUUGGCCAGUGGUGUUGACAGAGUGAUAGAUCAGGUAGUGCAGCCAAAGAUCUACAAAGUCUUCAAGCCUGAGAUCGACAAAGUGAUGUGUGAAGUUCUUGGUCUUGAUCCAAAACAAAGAGAAGAAAAUGAAAAGAAAAGACAGGAUUUGCUUGUAAAAUAUCAGCAGCAACAAAGCUUCUUGCAAAAGAAUGCUCAGAAAAUCCAACAGCAAGGAUUCCAGCAGCAGCAGUUUUUCCAAGGCACUGCUGGAGCGAUCAGACCCCAAGGUGUACCUAACACUAACUUUCCUCCUCCCAUGCUGCCACCUCAACGGUUCAAUCAGUUCCAAAACCAACAAGGAAUGCAGACUAUACAGACGCCUCGAGGUCCAGUUCCAUUGAUGCAGGUCAACACACUGGCUGCCCAGCAGGGUUACAUGAACAUGCCGCAGAAUUAUAACCAGGCCAACAUGCAGCAGUAUCAGGCAGCUAACUUGUUAAUCGCUCAACAGCAAGCUCUAGUACGAGCAGGUCUCCAGAGUAUGGGCAUGGCAGUGCCACAGCAGAACAUGAUGCAGCCCGGCAUCAUGCAGCAGGCUGGUGUGCCUGGCGUACCUGGCGUCCCCAACAUGAACCAGCUUAUCACCAAUGCACAGCUUGCCUUGGCUACGUCGAAAGCCCAACAGAUUGCAUUGCAGACCUCACAAGUCCAAAAGCUUGCACUACAGACCUCACAAGCCCAACCACAGCAGACUUCUCAAACACAGUUUGGACUACCUAGACCGCUGAUCUCUGCAGCAUUCACACUGCCUACUACAGGGACUACCCUGUCAAGCUUUAGUCCUAUGACAACCAGUUCACCUCGAGCACCGAAGACUCCUGUUUCAUUUAGUGGUGGUAUGACUCCUGGGACCCCUGUGACAACUGCGGGUAUGACACCAGGGACCCCUAGUCAGACAGCUGCAGGGUCACCUUGUCCUUCGCCAAGUCCUGCACUCCCCACGUCGCCUCCACUACCCCCGCUGCCUGACACUGACAUUAAAACCGAGAAACCAAGAACUCCUGAGCCUAAGAGCCAAAAAGACCUCACAAAAUCAAAGGAAAAACUGGAGAAGAAAUCCUCAUCUUUACAACUGCCAUUUGCUGUGAAAGAAAAAUCUAAACAUGUUAAAGAAGGAUCAGUUUCUCGUGAUUCACCAAAGCUCGAAAAAAUGAAAAGAUUAAAAGAAGGGAGUUCUAGUCGAUCAUCUCCAUCUCUGGACAAAGUUAAACGAGAGGAAUCGUCUCGUGAAUCUUCACCGAAGUUAAAGCAUAUCCGUGAAGGGUCAAGUUCACGUGAUUCACCUAAAUCGGACAGUUUGAAAAUGAAAUCUAAAUUGGAUAAGUACAAGGACAGUUCAAGAGAGCCUUUGCGAUCAGAUAAACUUGGUCAUGAGAUUAAGCUGAAGAAAGAAGAAUUAAAGCAGCCUAUGUCUGAGAAGAUGAGGCAGAAAGAAAAAGAAGAACGAUUGAGAAUAUUGGGUGAGAAGGUUGAAAGGAAGUUACAGCAGAAGCAAGAGUCGCGUGAUAAAUAUAAGGAGAAAGAGAAAUUGACAAGUGGGAAAGUGAAGAUUGGGAAUCGUAUCCUGGGGCCUAAAGUUCCCUCGGUGGUACCACUUCCAGCGGAAGGCAAAAUUAUAAUUGGCGAGCGUGUACUUGGUCCUAAGAUUCCACUGGAGAAAGAAGGGAAGAUGAAGUCUAUGUCUGAUCGAGAUCGAUUAAAAUUCAUUGAGAAACAAAAAGUGUCCAGUGGUGACAAACUGUAUUCGACGGCUGCUGAGAGAUUAAAAGAGAGUGAACGGAAUCUCCUUGGAGAGCGAUCGUUAGAGAAACAUAAAAUAGGGGAGAAGUAUAAAUCGAAGUCGAAACAUGGAGAAAAAAUAAAGGAGGAGUUUCUUGAUCGGUCUAAAAUGUCGGGCUUGGAGCGUAAGGGAGAGAAGCCACGACUGCCCGGGGAAAAACGAAAGAGUUAUGAUGCAGAUUGUGUUAAAACAUCAGGUUCAAUUAAAACGGUUGAUAUGUUCAAUAAGCCGAGUUUCAAAAAGACAAAGCCUGUGACAGACAUUAAGCGUGAGCGAGCAGAUAGUGAGCCAAAACGACCAAAGGAGAUUCCAUUAGAAACAGUGCGGCCAAGAGAGGACCCGCGGUUGAAGGACAUCUAUUGGGGGAGGGAGGAAGAACACAUCUCACAGAAAGAACGAUAUGUGGAGGGGCAUCGUGCUGACCCGCGGUCGGCAUCGAAGGAGCGUAGGAAAACAAUGGAGGGUUCUGAAAGAUCAAAACAUUCAUCUAAAGAAUUACAUGGAGAACGGAGGAAAAAUGUUGACUCACCUGACUUUUUAGAGCGGAAGCAUUCAAAACCACCAAAGGAUUCCCAUGAGAAAAAACGCAAAAGUAGUAAAAAACCUGAGAAAGUUCCUGAAAAGAAAUAUGAAUUUGCUUGGAAUAAGAUCAAAAGUGAUCAGUUGUCCGACGUUAGUGUAAGCUCUGUACAUACGAGUGAUCUGUCAUCGUUUGAGUAUGACAUGUCGGAUUUUGAAACGGACGCCAAAGAGUUGAACAAACGAAAGAAGGAGGCAGGUCUUCCAAUCAAACAGGAGCCGUCUACGAGUAAGGAACCCAAGCUGCCCAGCCAACCACUUGGUGAUGACUAUGAGCCUUUGAGUGAGAGUGAAGAUGAGGGAGUCUAUAAAGAAGAACCAGCAGCACCUAAACUUGCCAAGAAUGCCAACAGUCAGAGGGAGAAGGAUCGGCAGAGAAGGAGAGCAGAAAUCGAGGCUAAGCUACGAGAACUUGACGAAAGGAAGCACCAGUUGCAGGAGGAAUGUCGCAAGUUGAAGCAAGUUGAGAAGGCAAAUGUGAAAGAAGGUAAAGAGAAGGAGGAAUAUACGGACAGGAAGGAAGACUCAGCUGAAGCCAAGAGGCCGGUGCCACAGUCACCUCUAAAGAAAACCAAACAAGAGCUAAAGCAGCAUCUCCGAGAACAAAAGGUCUUUGAAAAGAAGAUGGCAUUACGCAGGCAACGGGCCCCGAACAAACGAUACACCUCUGAAGAGUUUACGUCAAUAUUCUCAGAGGGACAGAAGUUCUACAAGGAAAGUCGCCGAGGUGAUCUUCUGUCCACAACAACAAGCGACUCCUCUCGUUCGAGGUCAGCUACACCAACUCAAGAUGAGCAGCACUACUUGCCGCGGGGGAAAGCAAUUGCUAAAACAGAACAAAAUAUUCCCAUUUAUGAAGUCACAACUCCCCAGAAAGGGCGACAAGGGAAUCUGGGACGUUUCUUCUCUGGUGAAAGCUCUUCACCAGUUGUGCCAUUAUCAUUAAAGGACGAUGACUACUAUGAAACUAUAUCCUCUGGCGACAGUAUAUUGGGCAGUCCAAAUAGUGAGAUAUCAGAAGCGAAAUCUGACGAUUUUCUGGAUGAUUCACCAGGGAAACCUGAAAAGAAGCACAAGUCGGCAAGUCCUUUGGACAGUGAGCAGAAGCGGAAUAAAUCACACCCAGAGGCACCUAUUGAGGCUGUCGAAAAACCAAUAUCGAAGACACCACCUUUGAGUGCAGCACGGAAUACGGCGUCUCGUUACGAUAUGUCCGAUUUAUAUAAACCACGUACCAGUCAUCGCCGAGGGUCACCGAUACGGACUCCUGCUGAGGAUAUCCCAGCAGUGAAGGGUGUGGCACAGAUCAAAGAAGAAAAGGCUCACAAGGAGAAGAAGAAAGUCGAAAAAUACUCGCCUCCCAAAUCGGAUGCUGCAAAGCAACAAAAGCGCUAUGAAGACGGCGACCUCUUUAAGCCAAGGUUGACAUUUUUAUCCAGUGGUAGACGACGAAACGUCUCGGGCCGAUCUCUGAGUUCAAAGGGUAGCCCUGAUAUUGUGUCUGCUCCUGAGAAAGAACUGAUUGAGGCAGUUAGGGUAUUCACCAGUAAACGCUUGCCGGACAAACAGAAAGGGAAGAAGCGACCUCGUUCUAUGUCCCCUCUUUCCUGGACCAAUUGUUUACUUGCAAGGCCAUCAAUUGUUAAAAAACAGGCGGGAAAGGCCCGACCACGUAAGCGGGCAAAAUUGGCUCCACCAUCACGUGAGGAUACCCCUGAACCGACUGGUCGUGUCAUAAGACAGAGAGAAGCUUCACCUUCUUUGAGCAUCAGUCGGCCAUCAACCCCAGAGCUUACUAUCGAUGAGCAAGCAGAAUCUGUUGCAGGGAGUAUUGACUCCAGACCUUCAACUCCUGGUUUCCGCCCAAAGUCUCCUCCCGGUGAGCCUCCAGCAGGAGAAGAUGAAGCGCCUGCUCCAGUUCAAGUGAAGGGGAGAGCCAGAGCUAUCAAAAUGUCAGACGUGGCUGCUCUCCUCCGACAAGAAGAAGCAGAACUAGCAGCUAUAGCUGACCAGGGUGAUGCUGGUGUCUCUUCCCCUCGUAGUGAUGUACCGACUCCUACAAUGGAUGAACCGGCAGCUAUAUCAUGUGUGGUUGAAGAAAUGGAUGUUGAUCAGCCUGCAUCUGAUGGAAGACCUAGUCCUUCUGACAUGAAGGAUUCCAGUUCAAAUCAAAUUGAGCAUACAUACCCAGUGCCUGGUGCUGAUGUUGUUACUAUGGGUAUAGAGGGUGAAUUGGGGGCUGAGGCAAGUCCAAAAUGUGACAAUUAUAUGAAUACCCACCCAUAUUCAGAACCUGAACCCACUUCGAUGGAAGAACUAGCCCAAACAGCAAGUACUGAGCCACUGGAAUGUGAUGCAAAAUUGUCUAUCAGAGAGGAGAAACAGAUUGAAAGUGAGGGCACUUUUAUUGAACCAGUUGACACAGAUAAGGAAGUCCUUCUUUCCGUUCAGGCUACUCCUAAGGAGAAUGUUACUGAAACAGAAAUUACAGAAACUGAAACGGAACGGCAUGAAGCUUCUGGUGCAAACGAUUCUUAUGAAACUCCCUCAUUGGAAGAAGAGUCGUAUGCUGUUGGAGAAGACACCUGUGCUUUGGAUGACUGUCCAUCUGCCUUAGAUAUACUGGCAACGUCUGCCCUUUCUGCAGCGGCUUUUACAGACCUUGGGGAAGCUCCUACCCCUCACGUAGAAGAGAGAGCACCAUCUCCAGAUUCUCUUGGUAUAACUCUUGUCGAUGUUUCUGGGCAGACUGAAUUCUGCACUUUUGGCGAUGAGCCGAAAACUCGCAUUGCAUUCUCAGAUGAGAAAAGGUCAGACUAUCAACAAACUCCAAUUCAAACAGAUAGUGCAAAGUCUGCUGACGAAGAUGUUGUUAAUGAAAGGCCUCCAUCAGCUCACAAAUCACUUUCGCCACCACCAACACCAUCUCCUUCUAAAGAUAAAGAGAGUAUCAUGUAUUCUGCUUCUGAAGAGAACGUUCGAUCGUCUUCUCCAAGUCAAGAAGAGAUGGAAAAUUCUGACUCUUCAGGUUCUGAUUCACCCGAUGCUGGAAUGGCGUCAGCUGCAGGUGAUUUGCAGGAUGGGAAGGUGACAUCAGACAAGGUAGAAUCUAGAACUGAAGAGACUGCCCCAAAAGUUAGACAUGUCACCUAUAAAGAAGAUGCCAGAUCUCUUUCAGGGCGUGAAGAGGUAGAGGAGUUCUCACUACCGGAUGAUGUGCUUGCAGAAUUUCAAGGAGCUAUGAAGAGAGUAGAUUCACCUUGGCUUCGAGAGGAAAAUAAGGAUGGAACAAACAGUAGUGUUCUUGAAGAUGAGAAUGUGGAAGAGGUCGAUGGUGCUGACAAGGAAGCUUUGUCCACAGAAGCUGUAGAUGUGGCAUUGGAGCUCAACCAGAAAUCUUUGGCGAUGGCAUCAGGACCAUUGGAAGGCGUGCUAAAGGGGCUAAAGCCAAUGCACGCAGGACUACAGACUGAUCAUGGGCAAAUAGAAAUGGAGAUGUCUUCGGAACCAGAGGUGAAGUCGAUGCAACCAGAUGAAAAUGCUGCUGAUAUGGAACCAGAGUCAUUGAAAAUAGAUGAUGGACCACUGGAAACAGAGCAGGAGUUAUCAGAUUUGGAGCAAAUACCAAUGCAUUCACAACAAGAGACAAUGGAAACUGUCCGUGGUACAAUAGAAACAGAGGAGUCUUUGGAACCUGAGGUGAAGUCCGUGCACACAGAGGAGGAUAAUGAUAAAACAGAGCCAGAGUCAUGGGAAAGAGAGCAGGAGUUGGAGAAACUAUCGGUGCUUUCACAAGAGACCACAGAAACUGUGCAUGGUACAGGAGAAACAGAGGAGUCUUUGGAACCUGAGGAGAGGUCAGUCCACACAGAGGAAACUGAUAAAACAGAGCCAGAGUCAUUUAUUAAAACGAAACUGGAAGCAGAGCAGGAAGUAUCAGUGCACUCACAACAAGAGACAAUGGAAACUGUGCAGGGUACAAGAGAAGCGGAAGAGUCUUUGGAACCUGAGGAAAAGUCGCUGCACACAGAGGAGGAAAUUGGUAUAACAGAGCCAGAAUCAUUGAAACCGGAACUGGAAACAGAGCUGGAGCCAUUAGAGAUGGGGCAAAAACCAAAGCACACAGAGCAAUCAAUCGAGGAAAUUGAGCCUCUAGAAACUGAAGAGUCUUCAGAGCCAAAGCCAGAGCAGACGCACCCAUCAAAAGCUUUGUUGAAAACUCAGCAGAGUUCAGGAGAAUCAGAGGAGGAGUUUUUAGAGCCGAUCAAGCAAGAGACAUCAGAUAUGGUGGAGGAAGAACCAAAUGAGACAUCAUUAGAUACUGAAAAGAAUGCUUUGAAAUUAGAGUUGGCUGAAGAAGUGGAAGCCACACAGCCUGUUGAAGAAGAUGAAGAUAGUCCAGAUGCCAGUGUGGUGGAUAGUGCGUGUAAAAACCAUGAGGAACAAUUGCAACAGCAAACUGUUGAAUCCCAGGCACCAGCAGAAGACGUUCCGACACCAUCAACAUCGCCACUCCCAGGAAAAUGCCCAUCACCAACAGUGACUGAAUCAGCAGUGUCUGAGGAGCUUCUAGUGUCACCUUCUGAACCUGAAGUCCAGUCAGAAAAGAGCCAAGAGGAAGUUGCCCCUGUCCCUGACCUUGGAAAAUCCAGACGAUCUUCUAGGGCCUCUGUUACAUCAGAAGACGCGGCUACAUCUCAAAGGUCGGUGUCUCCUGCAAGGUCUGAAUCUCCUGCAGUGCGGAAAAGCCGGAGGCACUCACGAGUGUCAGUUGCAUCGGAAGAUUUGACAGCUUCCCCUACACGUUCAGAAUCGCCUGCUAUCCAGUCUAGGCCUGGUACGCCGACCGUCGUGCCUCAUGUUGGACCACUGACACCUCCUGUUGGGGGACGAAGUAACUCUCCUUCAAGUAGCAGAACAAGUACACCAACAAGUGAGACGAGGCGCACCAGCCGAGGAAAGAGAUCAGAUUCUCAAUCAGAUUCAUCAUUGAGUACCCCUCUUGCUCCUAGAGUGCGCAGGGCGUCUUCUCCUACUGUGAAGAGAACAUCAUUACGCUCUUAUUCCCCUCCACCUCAUUAUGGUACGCGAAGGGCAGGUAAGGGAAAGGCUGAUAAACCUGAAAAAAGGACGCCUGGUGCCCCUGCGAAAAAACCAAAACUGACCCCUCCAACCAUCUCCCCACCUGCUAGGGUGGUGAGAGGGCAGAAACCAAGUACUGUGGUCGCCCCACCACGAGGUCGAGGGAAAGCUACUGCUGCUGCUCAGUCAACUAGUAAAACUGCCACUGGAAAGAGGGCUACACGGGGAAGCAAAGAUGAGGGACCCCCUUCGAAACGAGGCAGGCAUUGAAAAUGCACUAUAAAUUUACCAUGGAUUAUGGAACUUGAAAAACAUGUUGUUCAAAGGGCAUUGGUCCUAGUUUAAUCUUGAUCAUGGGCUUUUGAUGUUAAUACCUUCUUUUGUACCGAGGUGGUAUCGGAUCUUCUCUCUCCAUCAAAGAGGAGAUAGGCCUUAAAUCAUGAAGAUUGGACGCAAUUCAAGUUCAUCGUUAUUUCAGUUGCUAAGUAUCUAUCACUUGUUACAACGGUUCAAAUUGUGGUGUGACUUUCUCACUGAAAUGUUGUACAAAUAUGUGAUGCUUGAUGAUGUUCAAAUGUGGCUUGCACAUGUACCAUUCGAUGGGGGGGGGGGG